AUGUCGCUGAUGGGUCGACGGCGUGCCAUGUGGCUGGCAGUGCUGCUGGCGGUUUAUGGCUUCCGGCGGUGCCAUGCUCGGCAGGGAGAGCGCUCGCGCUGCGAGCACGGGCUGACGCGGACGCGCCGGCCAUCGGCCGAGUCCGCAGCGCCGGCCACGGCGCUGGCGGAGCAGCUCGUCGCCGCCGUGCGCGCGGACUCCGAGGAGGCGGCGGCGGAGGAAGUGGCGGCGCUGCUGGCGUGCGGCGUGGCUCUGGAGCAAGGCGACCGGGACGGGCAGCUGCCUUUAAUCUCGGCUCCGAACAGAAGGAGACGGGGAGAUCUCGUUCGGCCAAUGGGCCCAGAGGACGGCCCGGUGAUGCUGCGGCACAUGCAGAUCCAAGCGAAGCGCUUGGAUGCCUGGGAGCCGAAAGCGCCGCCCCAAGCGCCGCCUGGGGUGAGAGGACGAGCUGCUCCGCUCGAGCCGGCUGGGAGCUCGACGCAGCUCAUCCAAACGACACGAGCUUUGCUGAACCUCUUUGCUGCGUCGCUGCUUGCGUGUGCGGCGAACAGAAGGAGCGAGGCUGGUGACCGAACUCGCGAAGAUGCCUCCGCGGAGUUCUCCACGGUGCACCGGUCGGUACGCGGUUCGCUGCAUCGGAAGCUGCAUUUGGGUGCGGUGUCCUAUGCGGUGCGAGAGUUUGUCAGCAGCUUGCUCUACGUCGCAGUGAUGUCCGAAGCUCAGCGGGAUUCUUUGGGGAAAUCGUCAGUGGAGGAGGUCAUCUAUGAGAUGUGCGGAGCGGUGCACGAUGACGCAGUGGAGUUGGCGAAUGAGAAGGCGAGAUCAGCGACAGUGCCAUGUAGCAUGUGCGUUUGCUGUCACCUGGGGAUUCAGGAGGCGUUGAGCUUGCUGAGAUUCUUGCACAAGUCCUUGAGCGGCCAUUGCAGUCCUUUCACCUCGGAGCAGCUGCCCAAGUAUUUGGAAGAUGGAGUGCUUCUGCUGCUGCGCAUCCUCAUCAAUCUGAGCUCCUUCCUACAUGAAGGCUGCUAUUUGACUGCCCAUCAAGGAAGUCAGAGAUUCGCCUGGCAGCCUUUAUACGAGGAGAUUCGGCAGAGCUGUUCUUUGGUCUCCUGGCCACACAUGUCCGCCUGGAACUCCUUCGAACGCGCCUGGCAGCAGCUGGAGCUCAGCAUGGCCCAGCUCCGCCGCAAGGUCUUGUUGAAGGAGUUGCAGCAGGAGCGGAUGCAACGUCGCACAACCAGGUUGCUUCGCCCCGGCGCCGGCUUCGUCGGCUUCCCUCCGCCGCUGCCGGACGCGGGUGUGCCGUGCGUGCCGUGCGCGAACACGAGCCCUUGGCCAAGCAGCUCUGGCUCUCAAUGAAUCGUAGUGAGGCCAGAUCUUGUCCAGUUGCUGGUUCUGCGGUCGGCAACGGGUAUUCAUGAAGGGCAAACGAACCAUCAGAAGCCAGC